GGAACGAGAUUUGAGAAUCGUAGAGUAUGGCGUCCACAUAAUGGAAAUAGGACGUAAAAAUGUUACUAUUUUGAAUAGGAAAAGGAUUAGACAGAUAGAUUAGUAGUUGUAGGAAGGGCAUUGGGUACCUUUUUAUAUCGGGGUUAAUUAAAGUAGGGGGGUUUAAAUCACAAGCACCAUGUCGACUGAAACUAUGGAAACAAAUCAUAGUGCUGUCAACUCAAUUUCAAGGCAAGACAGCAAAACAAGGAAGGCCGAGUGGGUGAGGUUAAAUGUCGGAGGCACCAUAUUUAUGACCACAAGAACGACUCUCUGCAGAGAUCCUAAAUCAUUCCUCUAUAGAUUGGUGCAGGAAGACCCCGACCUUGGUUUGAACACGGACAAGGAUGAAGAAGGAGCCUACCUCAUUGACAGAGAUCCCACCUACUUUGGCCCAGUUCUCAAUUACUUGAGACAUGGGAAACUUGUCAUUAAUAAGGAUCUUGCAGAAGAAGGUGUUUUGGAGGAAGCUGAGUUUUACAACAUCACCGAUUUGAUAAAGCUGGCCAAGGAUAAGAUCAGAGAACGAGAUGCCAAACAAAACCAGACAUAUAUGAAGAAUGUAUAUAGAGUGCUACAGUGUUCUGAGGAGGAGCUCACACAGAUGGUGUCCACAAUGUCUGAUGGCUGGAAGUUUGAACAGCUGAUCAACAUAGGAUCCCAGUACAACUACGGGUCAGAAGAUCAUGCAGAGUUCCUAUGCGUGGUCUCCAAAGAAUGUCCGAACAUUGUCAAUGGUCAUGAGAGUGAGUCGACAGAUCGUGCCAAGGUGUUGCAGCAGAAAGGCUCAAGGAUGUGACUAAUUCCAGAGUUUUUGAGAAGCGCGUCAGAGACGAGUUGUUCCAGUCUGUUUGACCUUGCUUAUCUGUGGUAUGAGAAGAUUCUGCCAUUUUUCAAACGGACAUGAAGCUACCGUAGAAUCUCACUCCAGCAAGAAGGAGACAUGGUGUGUCUUUGCACAGGAAAUACAUGUCAUUGCUGAAUUUUGAACAAGUAUUCGGUUUCACAUUAAUGCUCAUUCUCGGUGGAACAAUUUUGAACAUACUUCAGCUCUUCAGCUCUUCAGCAUCUUGCAUGCGUCAUUCGACAACAUUAACCGUUGCCAUGUCAGUUGUGUGUGGUACACUUGUUGCCCUCUUUAGUGCUUCUCAGACUCUACACCAUUAUGGAUACUGUUACAUGUGGUAUUAUAUUUUAUAAGAAUGCUUUUAUCAAUACAUUAGGGGCCAUGAUUCCAACUUCCAAGGGAGAUAAUUUAUAUUUUGACCAUAUUUGGAAGCAGAGGAUAGCGUUCAGUGGUACAUUGCAGUUAUUCUGAUGGCAAAAUAGUAACUUUGCUUUUGUUUUUAGUAAUGUGACAAAUUAUGUAGUUGACUUCAGUGUUUGUCUGAAUCUUUGUGUAACUGUGGUUAUUGUGCUGAGUCUGGUAUGGCUUCCCUUGUUGUAUGAUCUAGUGCUGUCCUUUAGCAUCUGCCCAAGGCAAGAGCGUCCACUAGCCUUUUUAUCAAAGUCUUGUUUCCACCCUUGCAUCAUCAAUCCCAUUUUCCUGUGCUAAAUAGGAUUGGACAUGACAUUAGUCCAAUCAGAGAACGUUUCACAUAAUCAACAUCCCCAACUGGUACACUUUUGUAUGAACGUGAUUUACUGCUGCCUGUUUUUGUUGGCACGAAUAUGUCUUUUUCAUCUUUUGAACCCCCCAACAAUUGCCUAUGUUUUUGUGUCAGGGAUGAAAUCGCAAAUGUUUCUGUUUUCUGAUUGACUUGGUCGUCGGCUAUGGUAGUCGCCAUCUUUGUGAAGCUAUACAAGGUUAGAACAGCGAUCUGAUUGGAUAUCAUGUUUUCAUUACAAGGGGCACAACUCUUGAUCUACACGAGGUGGUGCCAUGGUCAAGCCAAGAAAAGUGGCUUUGUGGUGCAAGGGUAGAAACUAGGCUUUGAUAUAAGCUGGUGGACACACUUGCCUCGGGAAGAUGUUCUUUAAUAACUGAAUGCAGUUUUAUUUGUAUUUUAUCACAAUCUGCAUUUAUUGUAAAAGAUGAGUCUGUUUGAUGAUGUUUGAUGUUUUGAUGAUGUUUACCGUUAGCAAGACAUAAUUACAUCAGAAUACUGAACAUGAUUGUUUUCGUAGAAAACUUUAAGAAUCUUAUUAUUAUGUUAUCGAAAUGUCCUCAUUUGAUGAACUGAAGUAUUCUUUGCAAUAUAGAAAGUUAAAAUACUCUGUAAUCAAGUGUAAUUGUUGUCUAAUUGUCUGCUGAGAUUAUGUGAUUGUGAGAGUUCUUUUUGAUCAAGUACUAGUCACUUAAAUACAUGUUAUUGAAAAUGGGUUUGUGCUAUUACUAGUAAAGUUGUCAUUCACUGGUAGUGCAGCAAGAGUGUUUAGUAAGCUAGCAUAGUGAUCUCUGUUUGACUGUACUUGUAAGUCAUAGGAGAGAUUUGAAUUUAGUUAUGUUUUGGUCUUUUGAAUCAGAAUUACUUUGCUUGUCAUCGUUAAAUGCAUCUGAUUGACUUGACCAAUUCAACUAGGGAGUACAAUUACCAGUAAAUUCAAGAAUAUGUUAUUGCUUAUCCAUUCCAUAUCUGAAAGUACCAGUGCAGUUGUUACCUCCUUGUUGAGAUGGUUUGACUAGGUCAUCUUAAAAAAAUAUAUUGAUUUGUCUAUAUGCUUGGAUUUCACAACAGGAAGGUAGGUAGGUAGGUAGGUAAGAUUUGUUUUCUUAGAUCAAAUUGUACCUAAGUUGUUUUGACAAGGGGGCGUAGGUGGUCCUGUUGCCUCGUACUUGGCAAUUCGCUGUGCAGAGUUGCUUCCCUUUGGCAUGCAAGAAUCCUAUGAUCAUUGUUUGAAUCCAAGAGUUGCCCUGAUUAUGAUUUUGGUUUGUCAGUACCGUACCGUUGCUCAUGGUUUCACGAAAUGGUAAGGAUGCACAUCCUGCAUCACUCAGGGCCUUCCACCACAUCAACAGACUUCUCCCUGUGCUGUGAAUGUAUUAUGUCUGCAUUUGUACACCUGAUACGUGCAGAGAUGUCCCUGCAUCUGAAACAGUGCCCGUUCAGCAAACACAGGUGUUUGAGAUGCUCAUGAUUCCAGAAAAACCAUUCACACAGAAACAGAUACUCAGACAUGCUCAUGAAGAUCCA